GAAAGGGAAUCCCUCUUUUUCUCCUGGAUUUGUGGAUGCACCGAUGAGAGAUCCAGCCUUCCCGGGGACUGCAAUGGCUUACCACCCCUUCCACGCACCCAGGCCGGCCGACUUCCCCAUGUCUGCUUUCCUAGCAGCCGCCCAGCCCUCGUUUUUCCCCGCUCUGGCUCUGCCGCCGGCGGCGCUGGCCAAGCCCAUGCCGGACCCCAGCCUGGCCGGGGCGGCCGAGGCCGGGUUGCACGUCUCGGCGCUCGGCCACCACCACCAGGCCGCCCAUCUGCGCUCCCUCAAGAGCCUGGAACCGGAGGAGGAGGUGGAGGACGACCCCAAAGUGACGCUGGAAGCCAAGGAGCUUUGGGACCAGUUCCACAAGCUGGGCACCGAGAUGGUGAUCACCAAGUCGGGAAGGAGGAUGUUCCCUCCGUUCAAGGUGCGGGUCAGCGGCCUGGACAAGAAGGCCAAGUACAUUUUGCUCAUGGAUAUAGUCGCUGCCGACGACUGCCGGUACAAGUUCCACAACUCCCGCUGGAUGGUGGCGGGCAAGGCCGAUCCCGAGAUGCCCAAGCGCAUGUACAUCCACCCCGACAGCCCGGCCACGGGCGAGCAGUGGAUGGCCAAGCCGGUCGCGUUUCACAAGCUCAAGCUGACCAACAACAUCUCGGACAAGCACGGCUUUACCAUUCUGAACUCGAUGCACAAGUACCAGCCCCGCUUCCACAUCGUGCGGGCCAACGACAUCCUCAAGCUGCCCUAUAGCACCUUCCGCACCUACGUGUUUCCCGAGACCGACUUCAUCGCCGUCACCGCCUACCAGAACGACAAGGUAAGGCCUGGGUGUCUGUCUGUACAGGAGAAACCAGGAGCUGACAGCGACCAGGAGGCAGAGAAGGUGCCCGAGGAGCGGCCAGGUGGCGCGGGCAGCCCCGGUGGGGAGGACGCGACGCCCCGCGGCAGCCCCCGGUGCACUGAGGAGCGCGGCAAGGAGCGGCGCAGCCCGGACAAGGGCAAGGACGGCGCGUCGCCCAAGGACGGCCCCAUCGAGGGCCUGUUCGGCUUGCGGGGCCUGGAGAAGGACAAGGUGGAAGGGCGGAGGAAAGAGCCGGAGCCGGGCAAGAAGGACGCAGAGGGCGGCGGGCUGGGCAAGGAGGCCUUCGCCCCGCUCAUGGUGCACACGGACAGCCCCCCGCACCUGAGCGCCAGCCACCUGCAGAGCCUGGCGCUGUCGGGCCUCCACGGGCAGCAGUUCUUCAGCCCACUGGGUGCCGGGCAGCCGCUCUUCAUCCACCCAGGACAGUUUGCUAUGGCCCCCGGCGCCUUCUCCGCCAUGGGCAUGGGACACUUGCUGGCCUCGGUGACCGGUGGCAGCAGCCUGGAGAACGGGGCCCUCUCGUCCGCCCAAGGCACUGCGGGGGCGGCCACCCCCUUCCCGUUCCACCUCUCCCAGCACAUGCUGGCCUCUCAGGGAAUCCCGAUGCCCACCUUCGGCGGACUCUUCCCCUACCCUUACACCUACAUGGCGGCGGCGGCGGCGGGCUCCCGCACGGCCCGGGCCGUCGGGCGGCGGCGCUGCCCCGCGCUCGGCCGCCAGGUAAAAAAUGGGGAGGGGGUGUUGGUGGCCACGCGGCCACCGCGUCUGUGCCCUGCUGCCCAUCACCGUAGCCCGGGCCCUGCCGUCUGGGAUCGUGCUUUGCUGGGCGCCGUGGUGCAGGAGCGCGCAGGUACCGCCGUCCUGAGCCUCUAA